AUGAAUUCAAACAGUUUAAACGAAAGCUCAACCGAUUCCUCUUCAUCUUCAUCUAACUCGGAUGAUGAGGGAAGGGAGCUUAGAGUUCAACAACGUAAUGAAGUGUGUCUUAUGAUACAACACGUAAUGCAUGAGUACAUUCCACCAAUUAUUCAAGCUGCCACUCAGCAACGCCGACGCAAAUCUACUGAGCCCCGAAAGGAUAGGGGACGCGAAGAAGGUCAUGCACGGUUAUACAAUGACUAUUUCGCGGAAGUCCCAGUUUAUCCAAGUUCCUUGUUCCGGCGCCGGUUUCGAAUGCGUAAACAUGUGUUUGAGCGCCUUCUCAACGCAGUGACCCAACAUGACCCCUGGUUUCAACAAAGGCGAGAUGCGGCAGGUCGUCUUGGUUUGUCUCCACUUCAAAAGUGCACUGCGGCCGUUAGACAACUAGCUUACGGGUGUGCUUCAGACGCUUGUGAUGAGUAUGUCCGUAUAAGUGAGGCAACUUCACGAUUGGCACUCCAAAAGUUUACAGAAGGUGUCAUCAACCUGUUCGGUGAUCAGUACCUACGUCCAAACAUCGCAGAUAUGGAAAGAUUGCUACGUAUUGGGGAAGAACGUGGAUUUCCUGGCAUGAUAGGCAGCAUUGAUUGUAUGCACUGGGAGUGGAAGAACUGUCCACACGCAUGGAAGGGGCAGUAUCAAGGAAGAGAAGGAGUUGCAACUCUCGUACUAGAGGCAGUUGCGGACAGAGAUCUAUGGAUAUGGCAUUCGUUCUUUGGGAUGCCAGAUAGCUGCAACGAUAUUAAUGUGCUUCAUCGAUCCCCUGUGUUCGAAGACGUCUUAGAGGGUCGAACACCUCCUGUGAACUUCGUAGUCAAUGGUCAUCAUUAUACGAAUGGGUAUUAUCUUACUGAUGGAAUCUACCCUAGAUGGGCUUCUUUUGUGAAAUCCAUUACGAGACCACAAACUCGUCAGGAUCGUUUAUUCGCAAAACACCAGGAAGCUGCAAGGAAAGACGUUGAACGCGCAUUUGGGGUCCUUCAAGCUCGUUUUGCCAUUAUUAAAAAUCCGUCUUUGGCGUGGGAUACCGACAUACUCCACAAUAUCAUGCUCGCCUGCAUCAUAAUACAUAAUAUGAUCGUUGAAGAUGAACGAGAGACGUAUCAAAAUAACGUUAAUACCAAUGAGUUUAUGAAUGCUGGAGGCAACGCUAAUGAGGACACUACCGAGUACCGUACUGAUCGUAUUGUGGAUAUCGGCUUAUACUUGUAUCGUAGAACAGGAAUUGAGGAUCAACAGACUCAUUUGCAGCUAAAAAACGACUUGGUCGAACAUAUAUGGAAUAAAUUUGGUAACAACGAAAACUUAGGCAACUAG